AUGAUUGAUGGCGUGAGGCUCAUAGUUUCAUUCAUUCCUCCUCCCAUCUCCUCCUCUGCCUCCUCCUCCUCCUCCCAUAUCCUCUGCCUCCUCCUCCUCCUCCUACCAUCUCCUCUGCCUCCUCCUCCUCCUCACAUAUCCUCUGCCUCCUCCUCCUCCUCCUACCAUCUCCUCUGCCUCCUCCUCCUCCUCACAUAUCCUCUGCCUCCUCCUCCUCCUCCUACCAUCUCCUCUGCCUCCUACCAUCUCCUCUGCCUCCUCCUCCUCCUCCCAUCUCCUCUGCCUCCUCCUCCUCCUCCCAUCUCCUCUGCCUCCUCCUCCUCCUACCAUCUCCUCUGCCUCCGCCUCCUCCUCCUCCUCCCAUCUCCUCUGCCUCCUCCUCCUCCUCCUACCAUCUCCUCUGCCUCCUCCUACCAUCUCCUCUGCCUCCUCCUCCCAUCUCCUCUGCCUCCUCCUCCUCCUCCCAUCUCCUCUGCCUCCUCCUCCCAUCUCCUCUUCCUCCUCCUCCUCCUCCUCCCAUCUCCUCUGCCUCCUCCUCCUCCUACCAUCUCCUCUGCCUCCUCCUCCUCCUACCAUCUCCUCUGCCUCCUCCUCCUCCUACCAUCUCCUCUGCCUCCUCCUCCUCCUCCCAUCUCCUGUACCUCCUCCUCCUCCUCCCAUCUCCUCUGCCUCCUCCUCCUCCUCCUCUCAUCUCCUCUGCCUCCUCCUUCUCCUCCCAUCUCCUCUCCCUACUCCUCCCAUCUCCUCCUCUCCCUCUUCCUCCCAUCUCCUCCUCCUCCUCCUCCCAUCUCCUCUCCCUCUUCCUCCCACCUCCUCUCCCUCUUCCUCCCACCUCCUCUCCCUCUUCCUCCCUCCUCCUCUCCCUCCUCCUCCCAUCUCCUCCUCCUCCUCCCAUCUCCUCUCCCUCUUCCUCCCAUCUCCUCUCCCUCCUCCUCCCAUCUCCUCCUCCUCCUCCUCCCAUCUCCUCUCCCUCUUCCUCCCAUCUCCUCCUCCUCCUCCUCCUCCCAUCUCCUCUCCCUCUUCCUCCCACCUCCUCCUCCCAUCUCCUCUCCCUCUUAUCUCCUCUCCCUCUUCCUCCCAUCUCCUCUGCCUCCUCCUCCUCCAAUCUCCUGUGCCUCCUCCUCCUACUCCUCCCAUCUCCUCCUCUCCCUCUUCCUCCCAUCUCCUCCUCCUCCUCCUCCUCCCAUCUCCUCUCCCUCUUCCUCCCACCUCCUCUCCCUCCUCCUCUCCCUCCUCCUCUCCCUCCUCCUCCCAUCUCCUCCUCCUCCUCCCAUCUCCUCUCCCUCUUCCUCUCAUCUCCUCUCCCUCCUCCUCCCAUCUCCUCCUCCUCCUCCUCCCAUCUCCUCUCCCUCUUCCUCUCAUCUCCUCCUCCUCCUCCUCCUCCUCCCAUCUCCUCUCCCUCUUCCUCCCAUCUCCUCUCCCUCUUAUCUCCUCUCCCUCUUCCUCCAAUCUCCUGUGCCUCCUCCUCCUACUCCUCCCAUCUCCUCUGCCUCCUCCUCCUCCCAUCUCCUCCUCCUCCUCCUCCUCCUCCCACCUCCUCUCCCUCCUCCUCCCAUCUCCUCCUCCUCCUCCCAUCUCCUCUCCCUCCUCCUCCCAUCUCCUCUGCCUCCUCCUCCUCCCAUCUCCUCCUCCUCCUCCUCCCAUCUCCUCUGCCUCCUCCUCCUCCCAUCUCCUCCUCCUCCUCCUCCUCCUCCUCCUCCUCCUCCCACCUCCUCUCCCUCCUCCUCCCAUCUCCUCCUCCUCCUCCCAUCUCCUCUCCCUCCUCCUCCCAUCUCAUCUGCCUCCUCCUCCUCCCAUCUCCUCCUCCUCCCCUCCCUCUCCCUCUUAUCUCCUCCUCCUCCUCCCCUCCCUCUCCCUCUUAUCUCCUCUCCCUCUCCCUCCCAUCUCCUCUGCCUCCUCCUCCCAUCUCCUCUGCCUCCUCCUUCUCCUCCCAUCUCCUCCUCCUCCCCUCCCUCUCCCUCUUAUCUCCUCUCCCUCCCAUCUCCUCUGCCUCCUCCUCCUCCCAUCUCCUCCUCCUCCUCCUCCCAUCUCCUCUGCCUCCUCCUUCUCCUCUCCCUCCUCCUCCCAUCUCCUCCUCCCAUCUCCUCCUCCUCCUCCUCCCCUCCCUCUUAUCUCCUCCUCCCAUCUCCUCCUCCUCCCCUCCCUCUCCCUCUUAUCUCCUCUCCCUCCCAUCUCCUCCUCCUCCUCUCCCUCUCCCUCUUAUCUCCUCUCCCUCUCCCUCUUAUCUCCUCCUCCUCCUCUCCCUCUCCCUCUUAUCUCCUCUCCCUCUCCCUCUUAUCUCCUCUCCCUCUCCCUCUUAUCUCCUCCUCCUCCUCUCCCUCUUAUCUCCUCCUCCUCCUCUCCCUCUCCCUCUUAUCUCCUCUCCCUCUUCCUCUUCCUCUUCCUCCUCCUCCUCCUUUUUAUCCCACAUCCUCGCCCCUCAUCAUCACCCCCCCCUCAUCGCCCCCCCUCAUCACCCCCCCAGUGGGCCCCAUGAGUACAGACUGA